AUGGAAGCUUUGCUACAAUCGUGGGAUUUGAGUGAGUUAUACUCGACUUUUUGUGGUAAGUUGAUUUCACAUCAAGAGAGGAUUAAUCUAAAGGAUGAAUCACAACCAAAUACUUGCUGGCAACUGAUGCCUGUGACAAGUGAUUGCUCUAAAAUCAGUGAUAAGUUUAGUGAUAUAGACAUUGAUAGUUUACCUGUUGAUUUCGUUAAUACUAAUGUGUUUGAUAAGGUGAUAACAGAAAAUAACAUUAGGUUACCACAAAAAAAAAAAAAAAAAAAAGAAUCAAAAUUUUGUUAUUUUAACUUGAAAGAACUGCUCAGUGAACACCCUGUUGGAAAAGAACUCUUGCUUAUUUCAAACCAAAAAAAGAUUCAACUCGAGGCUUCGUGGAUAUCUACGCUGUGUGAAAUCAUUGUAUAUGAUUGUUUAAAAAAAAAUAUAACAUUAGUGAACGAAGACCAUGAAGAGUUAGCUUCAAAAAUUGUUGAGUUAUUUCCAGCUGAGUGUACACAAACUUUUUACGUUCCUCCAGUAAAGAAAAAAGAUUCUCUAAGUAAUAUGAGUCUGAUUUCAAAGGGAAAAUUAGUUGACAAAUACCGCAAUACAUUAGUAAUUAUAAGAAAUAUAAAAAAAUUUUCGGAGUGUUUUAAUAAUACUGGUGAGAGUGAAAGCAUCUCUUUGAAUACUGGUGACAAUUCAGCACUGGAAAGCAAGCAAUGGUUGAUGCAUCAUAGAGAAGAAUUAGAUGUUUUGCUGCAUUGGAAAUCAUCCUUCGAACUGCGGAGAUCUGAAGUGGACUCUAAUAAAUAUUCAAGUGUAACUGACAUAUUUAAUGACUGGCCUAUUCUAAAAGAAUCGAUAUGCUCUGUAUUGAUUAAUACGGAUUAUGAUAAUGUUUACAAAAAUAAAGUCAUUAACGUAAACGAAAGUUGGGGAAAUAUUUUUCAUCUUCUCAAAAAUAUUUCAGUGGACAAAAUUGCUAAAGAUUAUCUUCCAAAGCUCAGGUUGCUUGAUAUGAGUGAAAAAAAUGUUUCUCCGUUAAGCAAGUACAUUAUACAACUCGAAAUAUUUAUUCAUUUACUUUCUGCUGUGAAACCGCGUAGAAAGGGUAAAAACUCAAAAAAGGAGACGCACACUCGAAACAACAACCAAGAAGAUGCUCUCAGUGCUGCUAUAGAAAGCGUUUAUAUGCACGUUAAAGUUCCUGGGGAUGUUGACACUGCUUGUGAAAAAAAGAUUUGUCAAAAGGCAAAAACCAAGUCUACAAUCCAACCAUUUUUAAUCGUAGUUGGACCAAAUGAAUUGGAUUUGCAAAAAGUAUACGUUCAAGUCGAUAAUUUUAGAUUUGAAACUUCAACGUUUAUUGAAGGAUUUGACUUGUUGUUUAAAUUUUAUUUAAUGUUUAAAAUUGCAUACCCAGUCGAAAGCCAAAAUUUUUGUAAAUUUUAUAGUAAUACAACCGUUACGGAAAAACUGGCUCAAGAGACUAUUCAAGAAUUUCAAAAAUUGAUGUCAGAAAUUUCGGUUACAACAUUAAAAAAAUUAAAAGAGCGUAUACCUAUUGAAUAUCACGAUUUCAUGGAAGACUGUUUUAAAUUAGAUGUUUUUGAAAACUUUGACUCAAAAUGGAGAUGCAUGCAGCAGUUAAAAAACUCCGAGUUUUAUUUUGCUCCACGUCAAUUUAAAAUAGGUGAAAUUGGUGAUGAUAAAAAUAUAAAUAACAGUAUUAAGUGGACAAAAAAAGCGUGCUAUGGUCAAAUAAUUUCAUUACGUGCAGUGUUAAAAAAAUUUUUAGAACUACCGAAUGUUUUUAAAACUAUUAUGAAUUUUAUGCAAACUGAAUCUGCAAGGAUUGAAAGUCAAGGUGAUAUUUAUUCUAGUUUAUUUCAAGGAACACUGUGGAAAAAUAUUUCUGGAGCAUUUCAAGAAAAAAUUGUUAUACCUCUAUAUCUUUAUUACGAUGAUUUCGAAAUUGACAACCCUCUCUCAACAUCAGCAGGAAUUUAUAAGGUUGGAGGAUUAUACUGCUCUAUCGCUGCGUUACCACCUCAAUUUGCGUCAACUACAGCUAAUGUUUUUUUACCCCAAUUAAUACAUAAUUCCGAUUAUAAAGAAUUCGGUGCUGAAAGAUGCUUUGCUGAGAUAAAAGAUGAAUUAAAUUAUUUAACACAAUUUGGCAUAACAAUUAGUAUUAACGGAGAAAGUCAUCGCAUUUAUUUUGUAUUGAUUGGAAUUUUGGGUGACAAUUUGGGCUGA